AUGUGGCAACGAAUCUCAUCUUGGUUGGGUGUGGGCUCAUUGGACGACUCAUCCAACACUACCUCGGCCACUUCGCCGUCCUCCUCCCGAUCCUCUUCGCGUUCCCGCUCGCCCGCUGCAACUCGUUCACAUGCCCGCUCGGGUUCUGAAAACAUUUCAUCCACGGCAGGCUCCUUUUUCAACUCAAUGAUGCCCGGACAUGGUCCGGACUCGGUAACUUUGCAAUAUGGUGCUAACCAAUACCAUUUGAAGUUUAGCCAGGAUGAUUUUGACAGCGAGGCUGAUCCCAAUGCAGGUGUGACGUUGCGCUCGCUCCAGUUUCUGGUGUCGCGCUUGCUCACACCUAAGAUCAUGGCCGAUUCGUCAGAAACUUCAUCGACCGCUGCUGCAGUGCGUAAAUUGUACAAGCGCAAAGAUGCGGACGGUGUGGUGCAGAUUGAUAGUGGAGAACUGUCAGUCGCUAGUGGCAACAGCAGGCCAUUGGAUAUUAAUAAAUUUACACUAACACACUCAGGCAAAAAAUUGGAUAAUGGUACCAAGUCGCUCAAGUCAUAUGGCGUCAAGACUGGUGAUUUAAUUUCAGUCCAUGUAUCAAAGCCCGAGGCCAUGUCUGCUGCUGCUGCUGCUAAUGACCGUGCGCGCAAGGCUGCCGGAAGCAAAAAGGGAAAGAAGGGAAAGAAACAACCAGCUGGAGGAAACGUCUGGACAACAAAUAACAAUAAUUCUACUAGUUCUACUGCUCAAAUUCCACGGAAAUUCCCCGAGCCAACCAAGCCUGUUGCGUUAAAAACUGAGCGCGAGAAGGUUGCUGAUGUGGUGAAUUUCGUUGAAGAAAAGAUCCUGCCAUUGAUUGAAAAGUUUGAAAGUAACACACCUACAGAUAAAGGUCAACGACUGGACGAUCAUCGUCUCAUCUCUGAGAGUAUUUUGCAAAAAAUGCUGGUGCUCGACGGUAUUGACACAUCACAAGAAGAUGACCGCGAGGUGGAUGAAGGCACUGUGCCACUGCGCCAGGUGCGCAAGGAGGCUGUGAACAAGAUGCACGCAUACCUCAAGCGAGCCGAUGAUGCCUACAAAACCGAAUAA